AUGUCUGUUGUAACGGCCGCACCGCUUUUGGCCUUAUUGAAAGAGGACGACCAAGUCGCUCAAACGUACGCUUUACAAUCGAUUAACGGGAUUGUGGACCAGCUUUGGUCUGAAGUAUCCAACGAGAUCUCACGGAUUGAGGCUUUAUAUGAUGACAACGCUUUUGAAAAUCGCAAAUUGGCGGCAAUUGUGGCUGCCAAAGUGUACUAUAACCUAGGGGAGUAUGAGUCUGCUGUGAAAUUUGCCCUUGCCGCUGACGAAUACUUCGAUGUCGAUGAAAAAUCACAGUUCGUGGAAACAAUUGUUUCACAGAGCAUUGACAUGUACAUUCAUUCCGCAGCGUACAACUACGAAAACCGCAAAACUCAGAAACCCAUUGCUCCUCAGCUUGAGUCUGUUUUUGAAAGAAUGCUGCAAAAAUGCGUGGAAAGCGGGGAAUACAAGCUAGCUUUGGGAAUAGCCAUAGACAGUUACCGUUCAGACGUGGUGGAAAAUGUCUUGACUGCGCGCGUGGCCGAAGAUUCGGAACAGAACGCCUUGAAACUCAUCACGUACGUGCUGAGUGCAGCGUCGACUACUGUGACCUGCACACCGUUCAGAACUGACUUACUACAAAAACUCUUCAAAAUCUUAACGUCAACAAAGUCCCCAGACUACUCAACGCUCUCCAAGAUCAUCGUGACGCUUAACGACUUGAACUUGGGUAAAGUGCUUUUUUUCAAGCUUUCACGGGAAGAAGCUCCUGAAAUUUCGUACCAGAUCGCCUUCGAUCUUGUGUCUUCUGCAUCCCAAGGGUUGCUAAACGGUCUGGUUGGCUCUAUGAGGGACGAAGGUUACGAUCCAAAACUAUUGGAGAUUUUAUCUGGUAUACCGACAUGCGACUAUUACAACACAUUUCUUUUCAGAAACAAAAACAUCGAUUUGGGCCUGUUGAACAAGACCAAAUCCUCAAUGGACGGCAAAUUCUCUCUGUUCCAUACUGCUGUCAGCGUUUCUAACGGAUUCAUGCAUGCAGGCACAACUGAUGACUCUUUCAUCAGGUCUAACCUUCCAUGGCUAGGAAAAGCUCAAAACUGGGCAAAGUUUACAGCGACGGCCUCUUUGGGUGUUAUUCACAAAGGCAACCUCACAGACGGCAAAAAAAUUAUGGAACCCUACCUACCCGGUAGUAGAGCGGCCUCUCGCUAUAUCAAAGGAGGGUCCUUGUAUGGUCUCGGUCUCAUUUAUGCCGGAUAUGGUAGCGAAAUCAUUGAAUACCUAAAAUCGCAUGUGGUCGAGAACAGCUCAUCCGUUGGUGAUGAAGACGUCGACGUCUUGCUACAUGGGGCGUCCUUGGGUAUCGGGCUCGCAGGAAUGGGUUCUUCGAACAGCGAGCUGUACGAAGCUUUGAGAGAAGUGCUGUAUAAUGACUCGGUUAACUCAGGAGAAGCCGCUGCCUUGGGAAUGGGGCUUGUCAUGUUGGGAAGUGGUAACAAAAAUGCAAUUCAAGAUAUGUUCACAUAUGCCCAAGAAACACAGCAUGGAAACAUCUCUCGGGGUUUAGCGGUUGGUGUGGCGGUCAUCAAUUUCGGUAAAAAGGAAAUGGCUGACGACAUUAUCAGAAACAUGAUAGAACACGAAAAUAGCUUACUGCGUUAUGGUGGUGCUUACACAAUAGCUCUUGCCUACGCAGGUACCGGUGAUAACAAAGCAAUCAAAAAAUUGCUGCAUAUCGCCGUUUCGGACUCCAACGAUGAUGUUAGAAGAGCUGCAGUUAUUGCUCUGGGAUUUGUAUUAAUUCGUGAUUACACAACUGUUCCAAGACUGGUAGAGCUGUUAGCCGAGUCUCACAAUGCACACGUUCGUUGCGGUACCGCGUUCGCAUUGGGUGUCGCUUGUGCUGGAAGAGGCCUGCAGGCUGCGGUCAAUUUGCUUCUACCACUAACAAAAGAUCCAGUUGAUUUCGUGCGCCAAGCGGCUAUGAUAUCUCUGUCAUUAGUGUUUGUUCAACAAACGGAGAAAACCAAUCCUAAAGUGAAGGAGAUUAAUGACUUGUUUUUGAACGUGAUCUCGAACAAGCACCAAGAAGGACUUGCCAAAUUUGGAGCUUGCGUUGCGCAGGGUAUCAUGAAUGCUGGUGGUCGCAACUCCACCAUCCAAUUGGAAAACAUCGAGAUGGGAACCUUGGACACCAAGGCGGUAAUCGGACUUGCUAUGUUCUCGCAAUUGUGGUACUGGUUCCCCAUGGCCCAUUUCCUGUCACUAUCUUUCAGCCCCACAAGCAUUAUUGGUGUUCGCGGUAAGGAUUUGAGUAUUCCACGCUUCGAUUUCCUAUGUCACACUAAACCCGAUGUUUUCGAUUAUCCACCUAUGUUCGAGGAAAAUACUGACAAGAAUGUCGAAAAAGUUGCAACUGCUGUUUUAUCGACGACUGCAAAGGCAAAGGCGAGAGCCAAGAAAAGUAAAAAGGAUGUCAAAGAAGUCACCGAGGAAAAAGUCAAGAAAGAGCCUUUGGCCGAUGCCAAAUUGGAAUCGGUGGAGGAAUCCCGUAAAGCGGACACUGAGAUUAAAGAUGACGCCCCUUACAAAAUAAAGUAUGUUAACAAAGGUUACAAAAUUGAGAAUGCGUCGCGCGUGGUUCCCCAGCAGCUAAAAUACAUUGCCUUUUCGAAAGACGAGAGAUUUGUUCCAGUUCGGAAGUUUAGAGGCAGCAACGGUGUUGUUGUCAUGAUCGACAAGACCCCAAAUGAACCUGUUGAACUGAUUAAGACUGCAAAGCAGAAAAAAGAUGUUGAUGCGCCGUUACCUACGCCAUUCAAGGUAGAAGAGGAACUAGAGUUCUCCAAAAUUUAA